AUGUGGAGCUUCAGCAACGUGUUCGCCUGCCUGCUGCUGCUGCUGCUGUGUGAGGAUGCGUCUUCACAGAGCAAGAUCUUUGGGGAGACUGAGCCAGUCCGGAUGACGUCCGAGGGCUCAGACUGCCGCUGUAAGUGCAUCAUGCGCCCUCUGAGCAAGGACGCCUGCCUGCGUCUGCGGAGCGGCAGCGUACGCGUGGAGGACUUCUACACGGUGGAGACCGUCAGCUCCGGGUCCGACUGUAAGUGUUCGUGCACGGCCCCGCCUUCCUCCCUCAACCCCUGUGAGAAUGAGUGGAAGAUGGAGAAGCUAAAGAAACAGGCCCCCGAGCUACUGAAGCUCCAAUCUAUGGUGGACCUCCUGGAGGGAACACUUUACAGCAUGGAUCUAAUGAAGGUCCACUCCUACAUCAACAAAGUGGUGUCUCAAAUGAACAACCUGGAAGAGACAAUCAAGACGAACCUUACGCGAGAUAAUGAAUUUGUUCGAGACAGCAUGACGAGCCUCACCAACCAGUUUAAGAGAUAUGAGAACUACACCAACGUUAUGAUGAGCAUCAAGAAGGAGAUCUCCACCCUCAGCCGGCAGCUGCUUCAGAAAGACUCCUCUGAGAGCAAAGCACAGGACACUAAUGAUGAGAAAACAAAAGAGACUGUCAAAGCACCCAACAAAAAGAACCCUGCAGCCAAACUUUCACCCAAAACGCCAAAAGAAAAGGUCGUAAAGCCCAAGAAGGAGGUCAAUAAACCUGGGAAGCCGGCCAAGCCUGGCCCUACAGCCAAAGCCAAGGUGGUUGGCCACCAGCCCGGCGUGGUGAGGGGCAUCACAUACUACAAGGCUGCCAAGACCGACGAAGAUGAGCACAGAGGAGACCAUGUCAGAACGUACACAGUCCAUCACAUCACGGAAAACCAGUCAGAGGAUGGAGGAGCUGAAAUGGUCCUGGAAACCAUGGAGGACACCGUGACUGAACCCACUGCCACUGCUCUUCCCACCACUACAACUACUACCACCACCACGACUACAGCCACCACUACUACACCCACCACUACCACCACACAAAAUGCACCAGCAUCUGAUAGACCAGCUCCGACCAUUGUGCUGGUACUUGACAACUCCAACAACAACAGUCGGCCCAGUCUUCACAGAGCUGGGAAGAUCCUAAACUGUGACGGGACUCUAGCAUCCAUUGACCAGCCAGAGAAGCAGCACAGUUAUGGGCGCAACGAGGGAGCCUGGAUGAAGGACCCCCUGGCUAAAGACUCCAAAAUCUACGUCACUAACUAUUACUAUGGCAACAACUUGGUGGAGUUCCGCAACCUGGACAACUUCAAGCAAGGCCGAUGGAGCAACCUAUUCAAACUGCCUUACAACUGGAUAGGCACAGGCCAUGUGGUUUAUAAUGGCGCUUUCUACUACAACAGAGCCUUCACCAAGAACAUCAUCAAGUAUGACCUGAGGAUGCGAUAUGUGGCUGCCUGGACACUGCUGCAUGACGUGGUUUACGAGGACACCACCCCCUGGAAAUGGAGGGGCCACUCAGACAUUGACUUUGCAGUGGACGAAAGCGGCCUGUGGGUGAUCUACCCUUCCAUGGACUACGACUACAACCAGCAAGAGGUGAUCGUCAUCAGUAAACUGGAUCCUGGAGACCUGUCGUUGAAAAAGGAAACAACCUGGAGAACAGGUCUCAAGCGGAACUCUUACGGAAACUGCUUCAUCAUAUGUGGUGUUUUGUAUGCCGUCAAUGUAUACAACCAAAAGGAAGGUGAGGUGAACUUUGCUUAUGACACCCACACCAACACUGAAGCCAUUCCCCGCCUGCCCUUCACCAAUGAGUACUCCUUCACCACCCAGAUUGACUACAACCCCAAGGAGAAGGUGUUGUAUGCCUGGGACAAUGGCCAUCAGCUCACUUAUCGGGUAAACUUUGUUGACCAGUGA